GAGCGCGGAGCCCUCUCCGCCGGGUAGCACCGCUGGGUGGCACCGCUGGGUCCAGCCGGUGGGAUGACUCUCCACCGGCGGUUAACGACGUCACGUUUACCAGAAAACUAAUCUCGUUUGGAUCACACAAAGUCGUGACCUGGUGGUAUACUUUUGCAUUUUUAGGAAUUAGAUAAUAAGCUUCGGGAGCAGAGGAAACACUCCCACCGAGCACAGCGCCCUUUCCCCGGGCUGCGCCGCUGUGUCCGGCCCGGUGGGAUGUUCACCACUGGGGGUGGAAUAUUUUCUAGAGAUCCGGGCUUUUCCGUGUCUUAACCCUUCCCUCUGUGUUUCCCCGCCUGCCGGAGACUCUGUGUGUGGACAUGGCCGACAGCAGCCGGACUGCGAGCCCUCUGACGGUGAAGAAGAGGGCGCAGCAGUCUCCCGGGCUCCGGCCCAAGUACCAGAGCUCUGCGACGGGCCACUGCUUCAAGAGAGUCACCCUGACCAAACCCACCUUCUGCCACAGCUGCAGUGACUUCAUGUGGGGCUUCAUCGGCUUCCUGUGUGAAGUGUGUAACUUCAUGUGUCAUGAGAAGUGUCUGAAGACGCUGCGUUCGGCCUGUUCCUGCAUGGCUCCGUCUCUGGUCCGGGUCCCGGUGGCUCACUGCUUCAGUCCGGCUUCUCAUAAGAAACGUUUCUGCUGCGUCUGCAGGAAGCAAACGGAGGGAAACACGUCGCUGCGCUGCGAAGUGUGUGAGCUGCACGUGCACGCCGACUGCGCCGCCUUCAGCUGUGCCGACUGUCGCAGUUGUCACCUGGACGGGACUCUGGAGCAGGAUACGUUCCACCACCACUGGAGGGAGGAUAACCUGGCGUCGGCAGCGAGGUGCGAGGUGUGCCGGCGUUCCCGCGGUUCCUCCGACGUCCUGGCGGGGAUGAGGUGUGAGUGGUGCGGCAUCACGAGCCACAUGUCGUGUUACCACAGCGCUCCACCAGAGUGCACUAUGGGACGUCUGCGCUGCAUGCUGCUGCAUCCGGCUUGCCUUCGCCUCGACUCCAGAAACUUCAGCAAGAUGCACCUCUACCGCAUCACCGAGAGCUGCAGCCAAGACCUGGAUAACUCAUCAGACGACUUCGAUCAGAGUGCUGUUGUGUGUAAAGACGGUCAGCCGGCUGCUCCGGACUCCGGUAAGCAGCUGAAGGUGUUUGACGGCGAUGAUGCAGCCAAGCGUGGACACUUCCGACUGAUCUCGAUCUCAAGAGCCACCAGGAAUGAGGAAGUGGUGGAGGCGGCGCUGAGAGCUUUCUACCUCCCUGAUGAACCUCAGCACUACGAGCUGCACGAGAUCGGCGGUCUGCAGCGUCUCCAUAGCGACGACAUCAUGAACCGUAACGGUAGUCCGGACAACAGGAGCUCGGUGAAGGAUGGCGGUGACGCCUGGCUGCUGAGGGCCAAACUACGAGACUCUGAGGUCAUCAAGGUGUACUCCAGCUGGCCCAGGCCGGGUGCAGCUUUCGUCCCCAUCUCCGUCUCUAAGAACAGCACGGCAGAGUCGGUCCUCACUGAGGUCCUCAGUCAGCUGGACAGACAGGAUGAAGACUCGACCAACUUCUACCUGCUGGAGGUUUUCAUGAGCAGCAAACAAGUGCAGAGACAGACGCUGACUCCUCAGGAGAAGAUCCUGGACAAACUGCAGGAGAUCAGGAAGGUGUCUCUGCGGCAGAUGAACCAGACUCGGUUCUACGUGGUGGAGAACCGGAACCGGCCGGUCCAGGUCGGCCUGCUCAUCGUAGGAUUUCCCCCCCUGCUCAACAAAGAGGAGUAUACUCAGCUGAUCCAGGAACAGCUGACCAUCAAGAGUCACCUGGUCACCAUCAGCCACAUCUAUGCCAGUCAAGGUGCGGUGGCGUUGCAGAUCUCGUGUUUCUCUGAAGCUGAGAGAAUCUACAUGUUGGCUAAAGACACGACUGUCAGUGACAAGACGCUGUGUUCACUCGUCAUCCCAGAGAUCCUGCUGGAUAAGCUCGGAGACGACGUGUGUCCUCUGCUGGUGUUCGUCAACCCGAAGAGCGGAGGACUGAAAGGAAGAGAACUCCUCUACAACUUCAGGAAGCUCCUCAACCCUCAUCAGGUGUUUGACAUCUCCAACGGAGGACCGCUGGCUGGCCUCCACACCUUCCGGAAGGUGCCCAGGUUUCGGGUGCUGGUCUGCGGGGGCGAUGGGACGGUGGGCUGGGUGCUGGGAGUACUGGAGGCGGUCCGGCACAAACUGGUCUGUCGGGAGCCGCCGAUCGGCAUCGUACCGCUGGGAACAGGUAACGACUUGGCCCGUAUCCUGCGCUGGGGGGCGGGCUACAGCAGUGAGGAGCCGCAUCACAUCCUGACGUGUGUGGACGAGGCGGAGGAAGUCCUGAUGGACCGCUGGACCAUCCUGCUGGACGCUCAGGACAUCUCCGAGGACGGGAAGGUCAACGACUUCCUGGAGCCGCCAAAGAUCGUUCAGAUGAAUAAUUACUUCGGUCUCGGGAUCGACGCAGAGCUCAGCCUCGACUUCCACCUCGCUAGAGAGGGAGAACCCGACAAGUUCACCAGCAGGUUCCAUAAUAAAGGAGUGUAUGUGAAGGUCGGGCUGCAGAAGAUCAGCUACACCAGGAGUCUCCACAAAGAGCUGCAGCUGCAGGUCGACUCUCAGAACAUCCCCCUACCCAACAUAGAGGGUCUGAUCUUCCUCAAUAUACCCAGCUGGGGUUCUGGCGCUGAUCUCUGGGGGUCAGAGGUCGACAGUCGCUAUGGGAAACCGAGCAUCGACGACGGGCUGCUGGAGGUGGUCGGCGUUACCGGAGUCGUUCACAUGGGUCAGGUGCAGAGCGGCCUUCGGUCAGGGAUCCGUAUUGCUCAAGGGAACUACAUCAGGCUGACGGUGAGCAAACCAAUCCCUGUGCAGGUAGACGGAGAACCGUGGAUCCAACCGCCGGGACACAUCAUCAUCUCUGCUGCCGGGCCCAAGGUUCGGAUGCUGAGGAAGUCGAAGCAGAAGCAGAAGAAGUCUUCGUCUGUCGUGAAGGACGGACGCUCGGAGUCUCCUUCCUCCAGAGACGGCCACUGAUCGGUCCAACCCGAUCACCUGAGUCCUGCCUUUCACCUGCUUCCUGUUGCACCUGGAAGCCGUUUCACCGCCGGCAGCCACGAUUCACUCACGUAGCCUCGUAGCCUCGUAGCCACGCCGACGGUCUGCAGACCCGGAGAGACUCUGCUCAUGGUGGGAGGAAGCUCGGCCCAGCUGGGAUCACAUCUCCAUCCUGCUGACCAAACACUCACACAAAUCACCUUUGUUACUAUCAGCACCUAAAAUUCACUUAAAACGCAGCGUUAACAAGUACGUCAUACGUUCACUGACUGGGAAACUUCUUACUGGAUUGUGUCGAUAAGCUCUCAGUUUCUCAGUAUGAACAAAAAAAAAAGAAAAAAAAAGAAAGAAGUAUUUAACAGAAGUAGUUUCUGAUCAGAUGUGACUGUCCAUGUACAGCGAGUAGCAGUAGACUCAGUGUCAGUUCUUAUAGAGCGGGGGUGUCAAACUCAUUUUCAUUCAAGGGCCACAUGCAGACCAAUUAGAUCUGAUGUGGGCCGGAUCAUUAAAAAGAUGGAGGGAAGG